ACAAUAUGCAAUCACGGGAUAACUAGGUCGUGGCUAACAGAUAUGCACUUUAUACUUUGACCGUUGUACAUGUAGAUCUAUUACACAUUGAGAUACACAUUAUGUUGCAUACACAGAGCUAGGUACACUAGGACAUAAAAUGGCAUCCGCUUUAAGAUACAAGGAUAAAGUUACUAUAGUAACUGGCGGAAGCAAGGGAAUUGGUCAGGGAUGCGUAGAAGUAUUUGUCGAAGCCGGGUCCAAAGUCGUGUUCUGCUCACGGGGAGAGACGGAAGGUCGGGACCUGGAGGCCCGAAUGAACGCGCAGGGACCGGGCUCGGCGCUCUUCGUUCGCUGUGAUAUGAGCAGCGAGGAUGACAUCAAGAAUUUAAUCAACACAACUGUUGAGAAAUAUGGACAGAUUGACUGCGUCAUUAAUAAUGCAGGAACGCACCCACCGGUGCGCAAGAUCGACGACAUCAGCGCAGAUGACUUCCGGCGACUAUUGGACAUCAACCUCGUCAGCUACUUCCUGGUCGCUAAAUAUGCAAUGCCUUAUCUACGGAAGACCAAAGGUUGUAUCCUUCAGGACUCAAGCCUCGUGGCAGAGAUCGGACAACCCGGCUCUUGUACGUACGUUGCUUCAAAGGGCGGUGUAACCUCUCUUACUAAAGCUCUUGCCAUUGACGAGGCCGCAAACGGCGUUCGGGUAAACACUUUUGCGCCGGGUAACAUUUGGACCCCGAUGUGGGAAGAUGGUGCAAACCAGACUCGGGAUCCAGAACAGUGCAAACGCAACGGCGAAAAUGCACAAUUGCUGGGACGCUUCGGCACGAUCCGUGAGUGUGGCCUGACCUGCCUCUACCUCGCCGCCGACGCCACGUUCUGUACCGGCAUCAACAUCCUGCUGUCCGGAGGCGCGGAGCUCAACUAUGGCAUGAAAAAUCCACUACAAAAAGAUCCAACUGAGUUCCUGUAAAUAGCCCAAAUGAGUUUCUGUAAAAAAAACACCAAUUAGUUCCUGUUUAGAUCCCAAUGAAUUCCAGAUCCUGUAAAAAAUACUUUUUUUAAUCUCAUAGAUUUCCAGCAUGAAACUCCAUUAAACUCUUGUAAAAAUACAAAUUAGUAUCUGUUAGAAUUUGUUUUGGUCUUUAAUUUGUAUUUACUUAAAUUAAUUUUAAUCUCAAUUCAUGUUUAUUUAAUCCACCGGAUUUCCAGCAAACGAUAAAUUAGUUUCUGUAAAGAUUCUAAUAAGAUCUUGAGCGAAAAUUUCAAAGAUUUCCGGUUAAAACCUAACUGAAUUCGUGUUAUACUGGCAUUCAAUUGAAUUCUUUUAGAAUACAGGUAUUCAUUCUCUGGAUUGAUAAAUGAACUGCCCCUUACAGCAUUUCUAUUUUGCUGCAUAAAUGUACAUGUUUAUUAAAACGUUACUGCUGA